UGUUCACACAUACAUGUAGAUAAUUUGUUUUCUGUGAUUAUGUUUGUAUAGUAAUAAAAUUGUUCUAAUUGUUAUAAAUAAUGGAAGGUGUACAUGAAUCAGAAUUAUUGCAAGGCGGUAGUGAGUAUAAUUUAGGAACCCCAAGUCAUUUAGGAGAUAGUGCAGAUGUUACUAGACGUAGAAGUUCAAACAGGUCUAUAAAACGAAGAAAAUUUGACGACGAAUUAGUAGAAUACAGCUUAGGAAUGCCAGGCGUGUCGAACAUAAAGAGUGGUAGGUCUCGCACACACUCUUCUCAUUCAGACUUCUCAGUGGCUUCCCCCUCAACUCCUCCAGUAGUAAAUCAACCCACAGCAAUUCACUCCCAUUCUGACCCUAAAAGGAAACAUCUAGCUAAAAGUGUACCGGGCAGUUCAAAGCGCAGCAAAAAAGGACGACAAACAAGCCAGUUUGUAACUAAAGAUUUAGGCCGGUGGAAACCAAUAGACGACCUUGCCUUGAUUAUUGGUGUCCAGCAAACUAACGAUUUACGUACUGUCCACUUGGGAACUAAAUUUUCUUGUAAGUUCACAGUACAGGAAUUGCAGCAGAGAUGGUACGCUCUUUUGUAUGAUCAGGCCGUGUCAAGGGUAGCAGUGUCUGCAAUGAGAAAUCUGCACCCAGAUAUUAUAGCUGCGGUUCAGGAUAGGGCACUAUGGAGCCAACAGGAGGAGAAGAUACUGAGUACCAUAAAAUCCAAUACGAACCCUCCUCCUACAGUGGAGACUUUCGCGGAUAUUCUGUCGCAACAUGCUGAUAUUUUCUAUACUGGUCGUACGGCAGUGUCUCUGUUUCGUCAUUGGCAAACAUUACGCAUGUAUCAUUUGUUACCCGACCAAGUUCUGGGUCCUCUACCGACAUCGGGACGGGCCAUAAUGACAUUCAACGAUGCCGAAGAGCUGGUACAGGACUCGGAAUUAACCGAACCUCCAGACGAGUCACUCGACAAGGAGCUAAAACUUCAACAGAGAAGAAACGUGAAGGAGAUAAGGCAGCUGGAGAACGAAGUGGGUAGAUGGAACGUUCUCGUCGAUAGCGUGACGGGUGUUUGCCCCGGCGAAUUGGACAGCCAAACCCUUGCAGUUCUGAGAGGCAGGAUGGUCAGGUAUUUGAUGAGGAGCCGAGAAAUCAGUAUUGGAAGGUCCGGGAAGGGGCAUAUGGUCGAUAUCGAUUUGUCUUUAGAAGGUCCCGCUCAUAAGAUAUCGCGACGACAGGCGACGUUGAGGUUGAGGAAUACUGGGGAAUUUUAUUUGUCCUCGGAAGGUAAGAGACCGAUAUUUGUGGACGGUCGACCGAUAACUGCUGGCAAUAAGGUACGUUUAUACGACAACGCUGUAGUGGAGAUCUCGUGUUUAAGGUUCAUUUUUUCUGUCAAUCACGACCUCAUUAGGGCAAUCCAUAAUGAAUCGGUUAGGUACAAUUUACCCCCUUAAGUUGUUUUUCGUGAUUUCUUAAAAGAGAAGAGUUUUUUUGAUAAAUAGUUCUUUAGUUGAAUGUUUCUUCUUGAUUUAUGUUUGUAUGUAGGUGAAUAAAAUAUUUUGAAACA